UGUGCAUCACCACCUCUGAAAAGAAAGAAAACUGUUAUGUUUGACACCAAGAAGAUCCUCAGUGAGACACCUCAAGGGAGGAUUGUUAUACAAGACAUUGAGAAGAGUGGGUUCCUAACUAAGAAGGUCAAGCACCACCUGGUUAAAAUAUUGGUUGGCCACUUGAUCUCAUCGCAUGGUAAAAACCCAGGAGCAUUUGAAAAAAAUGCGUUGGCACAGAGUGUCAUAACUGCAUUUCCAUGCUUACGAGACCCACAAGGAAUCACAGGAUAUGAGUCAUUUUACACUAAAGGAUCACAUAGAUGUCCAGCCACAGGUUAUUUAGAGGAGCACCUCAGGUAUGUAAGGAAACACAUGCUGGAGACUACAAAGAAAGACCCACAAGGAUGUACUACAACUACACCACAAGCUGUUUUUGAAUCUGACAAAUUGCCUGAGGUGCCGGAGGAUACUCAAUCAAAGAUUGAGUGGAUGAAGAACAAUUUAGAACCUGCUGGGCAAGUUAAGGAUUACAUGUCAACAACAGUCACAUAUAGACGAGAUUGGUUAAAGAACAAGGACAGGACAGUAGCUGCAAUUCUUCAGGAGUUCCCCAGACUGCUAGAUAAAAAUAUGAUUGAACAGGACUAUCAGUUGCAGUAUCCCACAUCUGCUGAAAAUAUGCACAGUCGAUGGGAUGCCAUGGUUGAGCCCCUCAUUGAAUUAUGGAACAAAGACAUGUCCAUUAUGGAAAGAGGUAUUGGAACUACAACCUGAUACUGACCUGAAGAAACUGACAACAGAUGAGAAGGCAUGCUUGGCCAUGUACAUUGUCCCCCUCAUUUUGGAAGGCAACAUCAGAAAAUCGACUGCUGGAAGACGCACCCACAACGAAAGAGUUGGAGCUUUUAUUGACAAACAAAAGGAGAUCAUCCACAUGCCCAGUUACUUGAAGGAAAUUGAUGAGGUGAAACGCCCAC